AUGCCUCUACACUCUCUCUCUGCUGCAGCAGCAGCAGCAGCAGCGUCAGCAGAGAUGGCAACAGGUGCAUCAGUGUUCGCCUUACCCCGUCUGCUUGCCUUGCAGCACAGUCUCACGACGACCGCUCACACCUUACUUUCGAGUGCUGACACACUCAUCGCAACGAAUCUACCAGCGUCGACCACCUCCUCCUCUGCUUCACACAAAUUCCACUUUCCUCCUCGUUCUCCCACUUGGGAGCAGUUUGUACCCACUUCUUUCUCACACUCAUUUCCGACUGUAGAGGCUCAAGCCACUGACCUGUAG